AUGGCUGCCCAGCAACCAAGCAUGUGGAGCAAACCAAUUCCCAGGAUCCGCCAUUGUUCCGGCACCCAUGUCUCAGAUUACAUGGCUUCAUCUAUACACAUCCAGCAGAUCGCCGAUGCUUCUUUGAGAAAGGUAGAGGUGGAAAUACCUAGCCUGACCCACUGUUUUGAUGGCCACGGAUUGGUAAAAGAAGAAAAUGAUGCCAUCAUCUCCUCCUUGCUCACGGCCAUCAGUGAUUGUGAUGUUGCAACAUCAGAUGGUGGGCACGCAGGUGUUCAAGAGGACACACCUGCUCGGAUGUCCAGAAGCAGCAAUGAGGCUAGCCCUUCGAUUUCACUUGUACUGUUGCCGGCAUCCGAUAACCUGAAAACAGAUUUCAUUGAGCAACUGGAGCCUCAAUGGUUCGAGCCUUUGGAUUUGGGUUGGUUCAUAGAAUAA